AUGAGCACAGACGCAGAGAUGGCGGCCUAUGGCAAGGCCGCUAUCUACCUCAGGAAGUCAGAGAGGGAGAGGAUUGAGGCACAGACUGCUCCAUUUGAUGCCAAAACAGCCUAUUUCUGUGCAGAUGAGGCUGAGAUGUACCUCAAGUGUAAACUUACGAAGAAGGAGGGUGGCAAAGCCACAUGUGAAACUGACGGUGGAAAGACUGUCACUGUAAAAGAGGAUGACAUCCAUCCAAGGAACCCCCCAAAGUACGAUAAAAUUGAGGACAUGGCCAUGAUGACCCACCUCAACGAGCCCUGUGUGCUGUAUAACCUCAAAGAGCGUUAUGCAUCCUGGAUGAUCUACACCUACUCUGGGUUGUUCUGCGUCGUUGUGAACCCCUACAAGUGGCUUCCUGUGUAUGAUCCUGAAGUUGUGGCAGCAUACAGAGGCAAGAAGAGGGUUGAGGCUCCACCCCACAUCUUCUCCAUCUCUGACAAUGCCUAUCAGUUCAUGCUCACAGAUCGUGAGAACCAGUCUGUCCUGAUUACUGGAGAAUCUGGUGCAGGAAAGACUGUCAACACCAAGCGUGUCAUCCAGUACUUUGCAACAAUUGCAGCUCUUGGAGCUAAGACCAAGGCUGAGCCAACAGCCGGAAAAAUGCAGGGCUCCCUUGAGGACCAGAUCGUUGCUGCCAACCCUCUGCUGGAGGCCUAUGGUAAUGCCAAGACUGUGAGGAAUGACAACUCCUCUCGUUUUGGUAAAUUCAUCAGGAUCCACUUUGGCACUACUGGCAAGCUGGCUUCAGCUGAUAUUGAAACUUAUCUGCUGGAGAAGUCCCGUGUCACCUUCCAGCUGUCUGCUGAGAGGAGCUACCAUAUCUUCUAUCAGCUGAUGACUGGCCACAGGCCUGAGGUUCUGGAGGCUCUUCUGAUCACCACCAACCCCUAUGAUUAUCCAAUGAUCAGUCAGGGUGAAAUCACUGUCAAAAGCAUCAAUGAUGUGGAGGAGUACGAUGCUACUGAUAUGGCUAUUGACAUUUUGGGCUUCACUGCUGAGGAGAAGCAUGGCAUUUACAAGCUGACUGGAGCUGUGAUGCAUCAUGGCAACAUGAAAUUCAAGCAGAAGCAGCGCGAGGAGCAGGCUGAACCUGAUGGCACUGAGGUGGCCGACAAAAUCGCCUACCUUCUGGGCCUGAACUCAGCCGAUAUGCUGAAAGCUCUGUGCUACCCAAGAGUCAAGGUCGGAAACGAGAUGGUGACCAAAGGUCAGACCGUGCCACAGGUCAACAAUUCUGUCAGUGCUCUGUGCAAGUCCAUCUAUGAGAAAAUGUUCUUGUGGAUGGUCAUCCGUAUCAAUGAGAUGCUGGACACAAAGCAGCCAAGACAGUACUUCAUUGGAGUGUUGGAUAUUGCUGGAUUUGAGAUCUUUGAUUUCAACAGCUUGGAGCAACUCUGCAUCAACUUCACCAAUGAGAAACUGCAACAGUUCUUCAACCAUCACAUGUUUGUCCUGGAGCAAGAGGAGUACAAGAAGGAAGGCAUUGAGUGGGAGUUCAUUGACUUUGGUAUGGACUUGGCUGCCUGCAUUGAGCUUAUUGAGAAGCCAAUGGGCAUCUUCUCCAUCCUUGAAGAGGAGUGCAUGUUCCCCAAGGCCUCUGACACAACUUUCAAGAACAAGCUGCAUGAUCAGCAUCUUGGCAAGACCAAGGCCUUUGAGAAGCCAAAGCCUGGAAAGGGCAAGGCUGAAGCUCACUUCUCCCUGGUUCACUAUGCUGGUACAGUGGACUACAAUAUCAAUGGCUGGCUGGACAAGAACAAGGACCCCCUGAAUGACUCAGUUGUUCAGCUCUACCAGAAAUCUUCAAACAAACUGCUGGCAAUGUUGUAUUAUAGAUACAAAGUAUUGAAUGCUAGUGUCAUCCCCGAGGGACAGUUCAUUGACAACAAGAAAGCUUCAGAGAAGCUGCUGGGCUCUAUUGAUGUGGACCACACUCAGUACAAGUUUGGACACACAAAGGUGUUCUUCAAAGCUGGUCUGCUGGGUACCCUGGAGGAGAUGAGAGAUGACAAACUAGCUUCGUUGGUGACCAUGACUCAGGCUCUCUGCAGAGGAUAUGUCAUGAGGAAGGAGUUUGUUAAGAUGAUGGAGAGGAGAGAAUCUAUUUACUCCAUCCAGUACAAUAUUCGUUCAUUCAUGAACGUGAAGAACUGGCCAUGGCUGAAACUGUACUUCAAGGUCAAGCCUCUUCUAAAGAGUGCUGAGACUGAGAAGGAGCUGCAGAAUAUGAAGGAGAACUAUGACAAGAUGCAAACAGACCUGGCUACUGCUCUGGCCAAGAAGAAGGAACUGGAGGAGAAGAUGGUUUCCCUGCUGCAGGAAAAGAAUGACCUGCAACUGCAAGUGGCAUCUGAAGUUGACAAUCUAGCAGAUGCUGAGGAAAGGUGCGAGGGGCUCAUUAAGAGCAAGAUCCAGCUCGAGGCCAAACUCAAAGAGACAGGGGAGAGACUGGAGGAUGAAGAGGAAAUGAAUGCUGAGCUCACUGCCAAGAAGAGGAAACUGGAGGAUGAAUGCUCUGAGCUGAAGAAAGACAUUGAUGACUUGGAGCUCACCUUGGCUAAAGUGGAGAAGGAGAAACAUGCCACAGAAAACAAGGUGAAAAACCUGACAGAGGAGAUGGCAUCUCAAGAUGAAACCAUUGCCAAGUUGACCAAGGAGAAGAAAGCCCUCCAAGAGGCCCACCAGCAAACACUUGAUGAUCUCCAGGCAGAGGAAGACAAAGUCAACACUCUGACCAAGGCCAAGACAAAGCUGGAACAGCAAGUGGACGAUCUUGAGGGAUCUUUGGAGCAAGAGAAGAAGCUCCGCAUGGACCUUGAGAGAGCCAAGAGAAAGCUUGAGGGAGAUCUGAAACUGGCCCAGGAAUCCAUAAUGGAUCUGGAAAAUGACAAGCAACAAUCUGAUGAGAAAAUCAAGAAGAAGGACUUUGAAACCAGCCAGCUCCUCAGCAAAAUUGAGGAUGAACAGACUCUUGGUGCUCAGCUUCAGAAAAAGAUCAAGGAACUCCAGGCUCGCAUUGAGGAGCUGGAGGAAGAGAUUGAGGCUGAGAGGGCUGCUAGGGCUAAGGUGGAGAAGCAGAGGGCUGACCUCUCCAGGGAGCUUGAAGAGAUCAGCGAGAGGCUUGAGGAGGCUGGUGGAGCAACAGCCGCUCAGAUUGAGAUGAGCAAGAAGCGCGAGGCUGAGUUCCAGAAGCUGCGUCGUGAUCUUGAAGAGUCCACCCUGCAGCAUGAAGCCACCGCAGCAUCUCUCCGCAAGAAGCAGGCUGACAGUGUUGCAGAGCUGGGAGAGCAGAUAGACAACCUCCAGCGUGUCAAGCAGAAGCUGGAGAAGGAAAAGAGCGAGUACAAGAUGGAGAUCGAUGACCUCUCCAGCAACAUGGAGAAUGUUGCUAAAGCAAAGGGCAACUUGGAGAAAAUGUGCAGGACUCUUGAGGACCAGUUGAGUGAGCUCAAAGCCAAAAAUGAUGAGAAUGUUCGUCAGCUGAAUGAUGUCAACGCACAAAGGGCCAGACUGCAUACAGAGAAUGGUGAGUUUGCCCGCCAGCUUGAGGAGAAGGAAGCUCUUGUUUCCCAGCUGACCAGAGGCAAGCAGGCCUUCACUCAGCAGAUUGAGGAGCUGAAGAGGCAUGUUGAGGAGGAAGUGAAGGCAAAGAACGCCCUGGCCCAUUCUGUUCAAUCAUCUCGUCACGACUGUGAUCUGCUCAGAGAGCAGUAUGAGGAGGAACAGGAGGCCAAGGCUGAGCUGCAGCGUGGAAUGUCCAAGGCCAACAGCGAGGUGGCUCAGUGGAGAAGCAAAUAUGAGACUGAUGCUAUCCAGCGCACUGAGGAGCUGGAGGAGGCCAAGAAAAAGCUUGCCCAGCGCCUGCAGGAUGCUGAGGAAUCCAUUGAGGCUGUGAACUCCAAGUGUGCCUCUCUGGAGAAGACCAAGCAGAGGCUGCAGGGUGAGGUGGAGGACCUCAUGAUUGAUGUGGAGAGAGCUAAUGCUCUGGCUGCCAACCUUGACAAGAAGCAGAGGAACUUUGAUAAGGUCCUGGCAGAAUGGAAGCAGAAGUAUGAGGAGGGUCAGGCGGAGCUGGAAGGAGCUCAGAAGGAGGCUCGCUCUCUCAGCACAGAAAUGUUCAAGAUGAAGAACUCCUAUGAGGAGGCUCUGGAUCAUCUGGAGACCAUGAAGAGAGAGAACAAGAACCUGCAGCAGGAGAUCUCAGAUCUGACUGAACAGAUUGGUGAGAGUGGAAAGAGCAUCCACGAGCUGGAGAAAGCCAAGAAGACUGUGGAGACUGAGAAGUCUGAAAUUCAGACAGCACUGGAGGAGGCUGAGGGCACACUGGAGCACGAGGAGGCCAAAAUUCUCCGUGUUCAGCUUGAGCUCAACCAGAUCAAAGGUGAGAUUGACAGGAAGUUGGCAGAAAAGGACGAGGAGAUGGAGCAGAUCAAGAGGAACAGCCAGAGGGUGAUUGACUCCAUGCAGAGCACUCUGGAUUCUGAGGUCAGGAGCAGAAAUGAUGCCCUCAGAGUCAAGAAGAAGAUGGAGGGAGACCUGAAUGAGAUGGAGAUUCAGCUGAGCCAUUCCAACAGGCAGGCCACUGAGGCCCAGAAACAGCUGAGGAAUGUCCAGGGACAGCUCAAGGAUGCCCAACUGCACCUUGACGAUGCUCUCAGAGGACAGGAAGACAUGAAGGAGCAGGUUGCCAUGGUGGAGCGCAGAAACAGCCUGAUGCUGGCUGAGAUUGAGGAACUGAGAGUUGCUCUGGAGCAGACAGAGAGAGGCCGCAAAGUGGCUGAGCAGGAGUUGGUUGAUGCCAGUGAGCGUGUUGGACUGCUUCACUCUCAGAACACCAGUCUUAUGAACACCAAGAAGAAGCUGGAGGCUGACCUUGUCCAGGUUCAGGGUGAAGUCGAUGAUGCUGUCCAGGAAGCCAGAAAUGCUGAGGAGAAAGCCAAAAAGGCGAUCACUGAUGCUGCCAUGAUGGCUGAGGAGCUGAAGAAGGAGCAGGACACCAGUGCUCACCUGGAGAGGAUGAAGAAGAACCUGGAGGUCACAGUCAAGGACCUGCAGCACCGUCUGGAUGAGGCUGAGAACCUCGCCAUGAAGGGUGGGAAGAAGCAGCUCCAGAAACUGGAGUCCAGGGUGCGUGAGCUGGAAGCUGAAGUUGAGGCUGAGCAGAGGCGUGGAGCUGAUGCUGUAAAAGGAGUCCGCAAAUAUGAGAGGAGAGUGAAGGAGCUGACCUACCAGACUGAGGAGGACAAGAAGAAUGUGAACAGACUUCAGGACCUGGUGGACAAGCUGCAGCUCAAAGUCAAGUCUUACAAGAGACAUUCUGAGGAGGCUGAGGAGCAGGCCAACACUCACAUGUCCAAGCUGAGGAAGGUUCAGCAUGAGCUGGAGGAGGCUCAGGAGCGUGCUGACAUCGCUGAGUCCCAGGUCAACAAGCUCAGAGCCAAGAGCCGUGAUGCUGGAAAGUCUGACAGCGCCGAGUAA